CCGAAGUCUCAAGCCCCGCCUCUCCUUGUCCCCCUGUGGGCCAAACCUUUUUCUUUCACCUGCCUGUCAAUCCGAGCCGCGCUCUCUCGCGCGCCCCGGGGAAUUGGGAGAGUUGUGAGGAGUCGUCAAGGUGCUGCUGCCGCCGCCGCCGUUGGGUUUCCCCUCCCCGUCCCAACGGUUUCUCCACGGGCUACACAUGGCAACAGAUGUCUUCAAUUCCAAAGGUUUGGCCAUCCAGGCCCAGAAGAAAAUCCUUGGCAAAAUGGCAUCUAAAUCCAUAGCAAAUGCUUUGAUAGAUGACACUAGCAGUGAUGUGUUGGAUGAACUUUACAGAGUGACAAGGCAAUACACACAAAGCAAAAAGGAAGCGGAGAAGAUCAUUAAAAAUCUCAUUAAGACUGUAAUCAAGUUAGCAAUCCUCUACCGGAAUAACCAGUUUAAUGAAGAAGAGAUCAUCCUUAUGGAGAAAUUCAAGAAGAAAGUUCACCAGUUGGCCAAAACUGUGGUGAGCUUCCAUCAAGUGGAUUAUACCUUUGACAGAAAGUUUUUGUCAAAACUCUUGAAUGAAUGCAGAGACCUGCUUCAUGAAAUCAUUCAGCGUCACCUAACUGCGAAAUCUCAUGGACGAGUCAACCACGUGUUUGAUCACUUCUCAGAUUGUGAAUUUUUGGCUGCCUUGUACAAUCCAUUUGGAUCUUACAAGUCUCACCUUCAGAGACUCUGUGAUGGUGUCAACAAAAUGUUAGAUGAAGGGAAUAUAUAAGUUACUGCAUCAGUGGUGUAUAUUCAUUGGCUGAGGACUACUGAUGGUCUGGAUUCAAUGAAGGAGGGCUAGAAAAACUGUGUGUGGUAAUGGCAAAAUUGAAUACCAAAACAAAUGCUAAAUAUUUAGAAAUUUCUUCAUCAAAUUGACCCAUUUAUUUGGAGUCAUCUAUUGCUAUUCUUUCUUUUUUGCAGUACUUUGCUUUAAAACGUGGAGCAAUAAAGCCAUGAAACGGGAUUACUCGUGAAACAAAGCUUUUGUAAAAUAGACAGGAAAAGUGUACAGCAAGAUAAUCAGAAUCAAAAUGCAUAUUUCUACAUGUAGAAGAGUAUUUAUAAUCCUACAAAGGAUCGAUAUUUUUUUAUAUACACAAAUCAUGACUAUGGCACAUAUAUGAUAACUGGAGUUAGAUUUAAUAGAACCUAUGCUACUUAAUCUAGAUCCAUAUAUGCUAUACAUAAAUGCUUAGGUCACAUGGUCUUAGUUAUACUGUUAAAAUAGUUCUGCUUCGUAGGGCUGGUUCUCAUAUAAGACAGUAAGAGACCACACAAUUGCCUUUGAAAUGUGCAGGGCUGCCGCCAGAUGCAUCUGGAAAUAUUUCAUUGGCAUAAACUGACAUCUGUACAUGGCAGUCCCUGUUCCCAUAACGAUAGUAGUAGUUCAUCAAGCUGUUGUCCUGUGGUUAUUGCAUCUGCAUAUGCUUCACAUGUAUUGGCAUGGUUUCACAUAACAUACUUCCAUGGAAGACCAGUACAUACCACCUCUAAACCUUGUGGCAUGUACUCUCGAGGGAAUUCACAAAGGCUGUUUCCAUAUGACCCUACCCUUAAUCAUAUCAUUUAAGGCUUUGGAUUGUUAAUCUAUAGUACCAUAAUUUUGUGUGCUUUAUCAGCUGAAUGGUCUGGAUUUGAUUGAUGUAUUGCUAUUCUUAGUUGGCUACAGUAAUAAAGUGUGGCCAGGAAAACUAUACAUUAGUAGUGUGUGGUUAAAUGAAGCACCCAUAUACAUUUUGCCAUUCUGCUAACAAUACCCUCACACAAACCAAAAAUUAGCUUAAUCCAAAAUUACUGUCAUCGCUAAGGGGCUUGCUUUUAAAUAGAAAUUGUCCUAAAUAUUCCAAUCCCACAGUGGGCACAUGGAGUUCAGUUUGCAUAUGCCUUUUCUUAUUUCUGUAGAAGAAUGUACUUCCAGAUCAAGUUCCUCAAUAAAAUGAGGCACCCUGCAUGCACAAGUCAACAUUUUGUGUAUGUGAGCACAUGAGAAUCUAUAGCGUGGGGUGACAAAAUACAGUAACUAUUUUAUAUAUAUAUAUAAAUGGGUGGUAUUGUGAAUCUGCAAACCAUAAGUACCAGCACCAAAUUCUGAACAAUAUUGUGUACAUUGCCUCUGAAACAGAAGUCACUGUGUAGAACCUAGAAUAAAUGUAUAGCAAAUAUGGUGAAAUGCAUCUUAUAACUGCAGCAGCUUGUAUAAGAUUUCUUUAAAAUACAAUAUUGAGGUGAAAAUAGGACUAUCCAAAGGAAUUUGCUGAAAAUGUAAUGUUUUUGUAUGUCACACAGGUCUUUGCUGAUUGCCAAGUUUUAAAAAGAAUUGUUACUAAAAGAAUAUAUUCAUUAUAAAUGCUGUGCCUGAUUUUCUAUGGCAUAACGAAUCAGAAAAUGGAUAUGCACUACUUAAUUAAAUCCAAGCCAUGUUUUGUUCCUUCUUGACAAGUCUCUAAUAAUUUUUGUACAUGCCAUUUCUAUUAUGGGUAGUUGCUUUCCCUAAGGUAUUGCAAAAUAUAUGUUUUAUUGCUGCGGGAAGAAACUUGAUUUCCCUUAAGUUUUACCACUCAUUAGCAGAGUUUGAGAUCAUUCUAUUAAGACUUAUUUAGCUGCCCUUAACACCACUACAUUUAGAUUGAGAUGGGUAUAAUUCAAAGCAUGGAGAAUGCCUAAGAAAAAAUAUACACUGGUACCUCUGGAUGCAAACGGGAUCCAUUCCGGAGCCCCGUUCGCAUCCUGAAGCAAACGCAACCCGCGUCUGCGCAUGCGCAGCUCGCAAUUUGCCACUUCCGUGCAUGCGCGUGACGUCAUUUUGAGCGUCUGCGGAUGCAGCAAAACCCAAAAGUAACACGUUCUGUUACUUCCGGGUCGCCGCGGAGCACAACCCAAAAACGCUCAACCUGAAGUGUAUUCGACCCGAGGUAUGACUGUACUAGAAAUUUGAGUGCUAUCAAACCCUGGAUAAUGUAUAAUACUUCUGUUAUAUAGGUGGCACAUAAUAUUCUAAGGCUGCAAUCCUGUACAUACCUUAACUGGGGGUGACCCAUUGAACUCAGUGGGACUUAUUUUUGAGCAAACAUGUUUCUGAAUGUGUUAUAAUUGCAUUUUAGCUGGCAAAAUGUCAUAUUGGAAUAUCAGAAGUGGUACAGAGUGGCUAUACAAAGCAUCAUCUAGUGGAAAAAGAAAUCUAUGGAAUAAAUUACUGAACAUUUCUA